GGGGCCAGUGGGAGUUACUUGGAUGAGAGACGAAAGACGACGGAGCUGUCAAACACCAACAAUCGACUGAAAUAUUAUCCCGGGCGGUACAAAAACACGGUCAUUUGGUCAUUUGUGGAUACAAGGACAACAUAAGCAGUCUCUGAAUUGAUUGUGACACUUGAGCCUUUGGGAAUUUGGACUUUUCAAUCGUCGCGACGAGAAACUUCUUGUUUUGUGUGUGUUUGCAGGAUCCAGGGGCUAAUGUCUGUUAGCUCUCUGCUCAGCUCCAGUUUUGUUGACAAACUAGCCCGUCCGCUAGUCACGAAGCUAGCCUCGCUCCCAGCCCUGCUGUUUUGGCGUUAAUUGGACGUUUUCGGCAAAUGGCACCUGGUAAAAGACACGAAAACGAGUUUGCACCGUUACUGCAAACACCUCUAUGAAAUAAAAACAGGUCUCCAGGGAUAUACCAUACCUCUGUCAAACAUGUGAAAUCCUUAUCUGGGCGAAGUUCUCAGUUACAAGCAGUGAUGAUUUGGAUUACUUGGAAAAUUCUUGGGCUCAGAUUCAGAAACAGAAGUCUAUAAAAACACCCAUAAUACCCUCACUGGUAUCACCGUCAUUCACGUCACCAUGGAACGGAAUAAACGCAACUCCAUUGCUGGGUUCCCUACACGACCUGAACACCUCAAUGAGAACAGAGAUGAUAUCGGAGGGGUAGGAGUGUGUGAGAUGGGAAUGGCUCCACCUUUGCAGGUGUCUUCCCCAUCAUCCUACCGAGCCCUCAUCAGUGCCUUCUCCUGUCUUACACGCCUUGAUGACUUCUCCCGCGAGUGGAUUGGCUCAGGAUUUUUCUCUGAUGUAUUCAGGGUACGUCAUCGAGCUUCAGACCAAGUUAUGGCUCUAAAGAUGAACAAGCUCAGCAGUAACAGGGCUAAUAUGUUGAGAGAAGUCCAGCUAAUGAACCGGCUUAAUCAUCCAAACAUACUCAGGUUUAAAGGAGUUUGUGUCCAUGAGGGCCAGCUUCAUGCUCUCACAGAGUACAUCAAUGGUGGGAACCUGGAGCAGCUUCUGGACAGCAACAAACACCUGAGCUGGCCAACCAGGGUGAAAUUAGCCUGUGAUAUCGCCAGCGGUCUGGCCUACUUGCACUCUAAAGGCAUAUUCCACCGGGACCUCACCUCCAAGAACUGCCUGAUAAAGAGUGAUGACGGCAUGUACACAGCAGUGGUGGGAGACUUUGGCCUGGCAGAAAAGAUCCCUACCAAUCUCGCUGAAGGAGAGAAGCUUUCAGUGGUUGGGUCUCCUUUCUGGAUGGCUCCGGAGGUGCUGAGAGAUGAACCCUACAAUGAGAAGGCCGACGUGUUCUCCUAUGGAAUAAUCCUGUGUGAAAUCAUCGCAAGGAUUCAGGCCGACCCCGACUUCCUUCCCCGCACAGAGAACUUCGGCCUGGACUAUCACACGUUCCAGCACAUGGUUGGAGACUGUCCGCCUGACUUCCUCCAGCUGGCCUUUAACUGCUGCAAUAUGGAUCCUAAACUCCGUCCAUCCUUCUCAGACCUCGUCAGGCAUCUCGAGGAGAUUUUCGCACACCUUAAAGUUGAAGAUAUGGAGCAUGAGUGUGUCCCGCUCACUGGGGACAAUGACAAGAAAACCAUAGCCAAAGGUGAGAAGAUUCAAGGCUUCAAGCGAGGUAAUCCUCUUGGUUUCCAGAACGAUAAAAUCCCUCCUAAAUCACCCCGCCCCAGACGAAACAUCUGGCUCAGCCGCAGCCAAUCAGACAUCUUCUCCUGCAAGCCAGGAAGAAAAGUCAACGUCCAGGACCCUUACUAUAACCCCCCUACUGCCAAGAGAGCCUCCAAAGCCCGCAAGAUCAACCCUUUUACAGCCCGAGAAGAUCUGUGCGGUGGGAAGAUUAAGUUUUACGACGUGCCCAGCAAGUCCGUCUUCUCCCUGGUGUUUGACCUCCACUCGCCACCUGGAAGUGUGUUCAGUAACCAACCGUGUGCUCUCGGGCCCGGAGGAGCCCAACAGGAGGCGUCUUAUUACUGGCAGCAGCUGCCGGGAAGACAGUGUCACUCCUUACCGGUAUCGCCCCAGCUUCCUCGCUCUGAGAUCUUCCACCUCGCCGCUGCUGUUAGCACCAACAACAACGGUUCUGUUAACUGUAACUCCAGUCAGCUGUCCACAACUCUUCCAGGUACUAACUCACGAUCUGAUACAGGCCAGAUGGGAAAUGACAUCCGGCAAAAGGUGGCGCUGAGCGGCUGGGCGAAGAAAUACGUUGUGGUUGAAAUCCCACCCUACUGCAGGCAGAGAAGAGGGGAGGAUGACGGGGAGGUAGAGGGAAGCAAGGAGGACUCGUUAGGGGAGAGCUGGUCUCCGAUGAUCCCCAGCAGUGAGAGAGACAGUGGAGAGGCCAUGGACUGCUCGAGCAGCCCGGAGGAGGAGCAGGAAUGGGAACGGGGGACAAACACAUGCCCAAUGUAAUGCACCCCCGCAAAACACGCAAACACACUGAGGUGGUGGAAAAGAAAGCAGGGAGGACUCUGACUCCACGGGGGCAGCGGAAAACUGCUUUUAAAAGUAGACUGGACACAUUUCAAAGGUUUUUGGAGAAGAAAAGAUAAAAGGAAAAAUCACUUGAUUGUGAUCUUUCAAGUGAAUGUAUCACCUGUUGAAUCAGUCAAGCAUACUUGAUUUGGAUAAAUAAUUAUUUUUCAAAGUUUCCGCCCAGGUGUGAAAGUCGCCAAUAGCACAAAAAGCUUUUUAUCAACGCAACGGACCCUCUGCAUAGAGAUUAUUUUUCUGAAAAGGUUGUUUAUAUUUAAUUUUGUGAGAUGUAGAUUUUUUUCUUUUUCCUCUAGUCAGUGUUUUGUCUAUGAUGAGAGGUAUUGAAGAGCCAUUGUGUUGUUUAGGUUUUGAUACUUGUUGUGUUCAUUGAGAUACAAAUGCUUAUACUGAAUCAUAAAAACCCCACAGAUUGACAAGACCGUACGCUGAUAUUCAGAUGAGAACGUGCCUAAAAGCACUCAUGAGACCGAUGUUGACAGUUGACAGAGUUAAGGGUUCGUCACUGAUUUCUCUGUGAAAUUGGGAAAAGGGUGGUUCCUCACUGCUCAUUCCUCCAAAUUUAAAAAACAAAAAUAAAAACAGGCAACUGAAAUCUUUCAGGAACAUUUCUUGUUCUUUUGACAUUUUUUAGCCCGCUAACUUAAAAGUACAGAAAUCUGGUAGCCACUUGAAGCCAAGGUAGUCUUUUGAUGCGAUCAGAAGAGAGAUAAACUAGUCAAACUAAAGCCAGCCAGUCUAAGCAUUUUUUAUUUCUACCCUGUGUUGGCAAACAUAGCUAUUGUAAUAAAUGUCUUGUACAUUUCUGAACUUAAAAGUUGCUGUCAGGCCAGAUUUCCAAAACAGUCCCUUGUCCCUCCAAAAAAGAAGCAAGCCAAAACACAGGUUAUUUACUUGGAUGUGUUCCAACUCAAGACAAGUUUAAAGCCACACGAUGCAACUUUUAAAGAGCACAAUUUCCUCCAAUAAAUAAAAAGCCAAAUGUCUGAGAUCAUACCACCACAAAGGCUGAAAAUCCUUCCACGUUAUGCAUGAAUUAUCCCUGGAUUCAGAAGGAUAUCUGGAUCUAGCUUCAUAUACAUCUCAAAAAUAUAUCACAAACUCGGUCUCCCAGUUUUGAUCAUGUAAAGUUUUGAUGCAAAGUUUCCAGUUUUUCGCCAUCUCUCUGUGGUGAUAAAUCCUUCCAAAAAUUCCUGCAUGUAAAUUUGUAUGUACUCCAAAAAUUAAUCAGUCCUGCGUUUGCCAAGUCUCACCACUGAUUUUGUUUUUUUUUUAAAAAGGGAAAAAAAAAGAUAAAAUAAUAAUAUUAAAUAAUCCGUCCAUAAUAUUUGAGUGCUUCUACUAGCAGACGAACCAUCCAAUGUGUGAUGGGUUUGAAGUAACAACCUGUUUCCCACAUUACUCUUCUGAUUAAAUAUUACAGGAUGAAGCUACUGAAGCAUAAUUAAAUCCACGAUAAGGUUGAUUACUGUAAGUUAUACAAACAGUGUUAUCAAACAGUCCUUACAGAUAUGUGCGUUGUCAGAAACUUUUCAUGGUGGUAUUGUUUUAACAUUGGUGAUACUGGAAUCACUUAAAAGGACUUGUUGAUGAUUGGGUUUAAAUAUGUUUUCCAGUUUAACGUCACAACCUGAAGUUUCAAAGUCUUUCGUGGUGACUUUUCCGCUCUAGUGGAGGGAAAAUAUUUAGGCAACAGGAAGUGCCGCAAAUAAAUGCAAUUGUUAUUUGGUAAAACUGAAUAAUUACAGCGUACAGUACAGAUUUUUUUUUUGAAGCUGCUAACAUUUGGUUCGGUUUGUUUAAUGAACUAUGAGACCCUGUGACUUGUUGUACUUUACACUCCACUGAAUUGAAUCAGUCGUCUUUAGUUUUUCCAUGUCUAUCUCCACUUUGAGUAUUAAAAUCCUUGUAAAUGUCUAUCCGAACAGCUCUCAGUGUACAAACUAAAUGGCUCAUAAAAAUUAGAUUCAUAGUGUUGAACAUCAGCGCCGGUAUUUUUUCCUUCAUGUGGCUUUUGUUGCGUUCUGCUGAUCUCAGUCUGAUCCCUCCAAUAGAAACUAAAAUGCACAUGUAGAGUGAUAUAUACAGUCCUUUCCUAUCACUACUCCUCUAUGCAACUUUUAUCACAGAUUUACAGGAUAAAGGAUCUAAUUUCAUAUUUAUAAUGAAAAAGUAAUGUCUUACCUUUGUAUAUUUGUGUAAAAUGUUUGUGGUACUUGCCUUGUCGAAUACAGAUUAAGAUGUU